CGCCGACAAUUUCUAAACACUAAAAGACCUUAAAACAAAAUACGUUGACAGCCUGCCAUUCUGCCAGCCUGCCUGACACAGAAACCAGAAGAGACCAAGAAAGACAGAGAAAGCGAGAGACAAGCCUCCAAAAAUUUUAGUUACCACAACAAUCAAAGUGCGCGCGCUUUUAAUUUUGUAUUUGCAAAUCAAAGUUUUAAAGUAAAAUUACAAAAAUGCCAAACGCAAGUGAACAAAUAAUGGCAAGCCAGCAAAUGUCUAAAUCGGACACCAUAAAUCUACGCAAGAAACAUAUUGGGCAAGCCUGCCAACUAUUUUAUCGCUCUGAUCCAUUGAAAAUUGUCCGCGGACAAGGUCAGUACAUGUUUGAUGAAGAGGGCACACGCUUUCUGGAUUGCAUAAAUAAUGUGGCGCAUGUGGGCCACUGUCAUCCGGAGGUGGUGCGAGCCGGCGCCAUGCAGAUGGCCACAAUAUCGACAAACAAUCGCUUUCUGCACGAUGAGCUGGUGCAGUGCGCCAAGAAUUUGACCGACAAGAUGCCGGCUGAGCUGAGCGUUUGCUUCUUCGUCAACUCCGGCUCGGAGGCGAACGAUCUGGCACUGCGCUUGGCACGCAACUAUACGCGGCGCCAGGAUGUGAUUACGCUAGACCACGCCUAUCACGGACACUUGCAGUCGGUUAUGGAGAUAUCGCCGUACAAGUUCAAUCAGCCAGGCGGCGAGCCGAAGCCGGAGUACGUGCAUGUGGCGCCCUGUCCGGAUAUCUAUGGCGGCCAGUUCACGGACAAGCUGUACCCGAAUGCCAAUUUGGCGGCGCUCUAUGCCAAGCCCAUCGAAGACAUAUGCGCACGCCAGCUGGCCAAUGGCCAGGGCGUGGCCGCCUUCAUAGCCGAGAGUCUGCAGAGCUGCGGUGGCCAGAUUCUGCCACCCGCCGGCUACUUCCAGGCUGUGUACGAUGCGGUGCAUAGCGCCGGCGGCCUGUGCAUUGCGGAUGAGGUGCAGGUGGGCUUUGGACGCGUGGGCAGUCACUAUUGGGCAUUCGAAACGCAGGGCGUUGUGCCCGACAUUGUGAGCGUGGCCAAGCCCAUGGGCAAUGGCCAUCCAGUGGGCGCUGUGGUCACUACACCAGAAAUAGCGCAGGCCUUCCAUGCCACAGGCGUGGCAUACUUCAAUACCUACGGUGGCAAUCCGGUGUCCUGUGCCAUUGCCAAUGCCGUCAUGCGUGUCAUUGAGCAGGAGCAGCUGCAGCAGAAUGCCCAGCGGCUGGGCGAGUAUCUGCUGCGGGAGUGCAAUCAGCUGAAGCAGGAGUUCGACUGCAUUGGCGAUGUGCGUGGCAUGGGCUUGUUUGUGGGCAUUGAGCUGGUCAGCGAUCGGGAGACGCGCACGCCGGACACCAAGACGGCCCAUUGGGUCGUCGAUCGCAUGAAGCAAGUGCACAAGGUGCUCGUCAGCAGCGAUGGACCCAACGACAAUGUCAUCAAGCUAAAGCCACCCAUGUGCUUCAGUCUCGAGAAUGCCGAUGAGUUCUUGCUGGCGUUCCGCGAGUGCCUCACGCUGCACAUGCAACAGCUGCAUGCAGCGCAUCCGGAUGUGGCGGCUGACAAUACAAACAGCGUGAUUACCACAGCUGCCGACACGCUGGCGAAUAAGACGAAGCGCUUCGACCGGGAGGAUCGCUUCAUCAAGUCCGUAUGAGUGUCGUCGAUUAGCUAAAAAACCAAAGCAUAUUUAUAUAUAACUUAGUUUAAACAUACAU